AUGGCGCGCGAGGAUGCAGCGGACGAGGAUGAGGAGGAUUCGCAAAGUCGAAAGCACGAGUUUUUGAACUUCCGCAGACAACUGGACUCGAUGCGAUCCAAGCAAGAGGGUCUCGAAUCCAAUGCGGACAAGCUGAAGUCGCAAGGCAAUCAGUUUUUCCAGCUCGGUCUCUUCUCGCAGGCCUCGAUGAUGUACAGCGAGGCUUUGGACCUUCAGCCAGAGAACACGGUGCUGCUGAACAAUCGGGCCAUGGCCUACUUGAAGCAGGGCAUGUCCGAAGAAGCCCUGGCAGACGCCGACCGCAGCCUGGAGCUGGACACCUCCAAGGAGAACAUCAAGGCCUUCUGGAGGCGAGCUCAGGCCCUGCUGGACAUGGGACUCCACGAGAGAGCCGAGGAUGCCGCCAACGCAGGCAUCGCCGUGCAGGCCAGCAACACUCACCUCGCCCGUGUGCGGAGGAAGGCCAGGGAGGCCAUCGCCCUUCGCCGGCUCUGCGGCGUGGAUUGGGUCGGGAAGAUGGAGAAUGGAGUGGAGAAGAGAUACUCCUUCUCCCAGGGGGGGGAGAUGGCCAUGACGGUCGUCGGACACACCCUCAAGGUGGCGGAUCUGCUGAUUGCCAUGGCGGAAUUCGAGGCUUCAGAGGUGGCCGUUGGGCCCUGUCGGGGAUUUCUCUUAGGUCUUCGGGCGCUUCCAGGAGCCGAUUUGCAGACGUGGAAGGCCGUGAUGAACUGCCUGAAGCUGUCGGUGACUUUCACGCUCUGCUUCGUGAUUGGAUGGUUUGGGAUCGGGAUGCAGACUGGUUCCUUCGUGCCUGCCUUCAAUGCCACUCCGGCAGGCACGGUGGCCUAUUUAAUCUUCCAGGGUGGAAAUCAGGCAGCCGCACUGAAGAAGAACAUGGACCGUUUCAUGGGAGUUGCCUUUGGCUCCUUGUUGGGGACCCUCACGGUCGGCACCUGCGGCUCUCUGAAAGCUUUCGUGGGCUGGGAUGUUGCCGCAGCACUUUUCCUUUCAAUCUACUUCGCUUUUGAGUUUCUUGCCUUGUUCGUGUACUUUUCGUCUCCGACUUUCUCAUACGCUGGCCUGAUGUUCUGUUGCUUUUAUGCAAACUCAGCCUUGCGACCACUGGAUCGCCAUGACGGCUUCUCAAAAUCAGGCGCACUUGAGAAGCCUAACGGGGUUCGACUGCAGUGUGAGUCAGAUUAUCAGAGCAUCCUGAGCCAGUUGAUUGCCAUCCUGGUUGCAACCUUGAUGGAUGUCAUUGCCGAUGAGUCCUUGAGUAUCCGGGCCACAGCAAAGUUGGAGAGCUUUGCGAAGCUCGUGGAUGAGGCUUUAAGCAGAUAUCCCGUCAGCACUCGCUCAGCAGCCUUAGAGUUGCGCAAGGAGGGCAGUCACCUGCUCCGGGCCGCAGCCGCCGACGGCGCCGAGGCGGCGCGCGAGCCGCGGUGUCUCGGCGUCCCGUGGCGACAGGAGCUCUGGAGCAGGGUCAUGAAGGUGUGCAACGAGACCUGGCAAUGUCUGACCAUCGUGACCACCACCGAAAGCCCGGUCACCCAUCAGGAGAAGUCAUUGCGGAGGUCUGUAGAGAUUCUGUGCGGCUCCCCCAGCUUCCAAGAAAAGCUCCGGAGCCUGCAGCUUCGGACGCAGAAGGCUUUCCAACUGACCAUGGGCUAUCUGCGACAGAACUACUACGACGAGAGGAACACCGAGAUGAUUGAGCUACAAGAAGAGAUGAUCAUCAGAGCAUCCUUCGCAGAGACUGGCCUGCAUCAGAUCAUUGCCGAGCUUCACACCGACUUGCGGAUGGAGGAAGGCGCCCGUCAGCUGCUGGACAACCCGGUGUGCGCUGUGGCCAUGUUCCUGAUGAUGUUCGAGGCACUCGUUGCGCGUGAGGUGCAACUGGAGACAGCCAUCUUGGAGCAGCCUGAGGUGUGGCAGCUGCUGACUGAGAAAGAUUUCGAAUCAGAGCUGAGUGCACGCAGCUCAGAUUCCCUGGGCGCGCUCCACUCCUUCUGCGUGUAG